AGGCGGGGGCGCCGACGCCGGUCACGGCGGACCUGAAGGCGGGCGCGGAGCCCUCGGUCGAGGCCCUGGACGCGCUGCCGCUGGCGCCGGACCUGCGGGAGGGCCAGCAGCCCACCGCGGCGGCGGCCGCAGAGUUGCGCGCCCCGAGCAGGCCCUGCGCAGCACGGGAACCCUGCCCCCAGGAGCCGUGCCCUCCGGAGAGGCCGUGCCCGAGCGCCGCGCCGCCGCCGCGGUCCCCCCGCGGGGGCCCCGGCAGCUACGGCGUGUACGUGGGCAGCCAGCUGCUGACCUUCGGCUCCAAGCCCAGGGCGGACCGCUUCUGCGCGCGCCUCGCGGAGCGCAUCGCCGAGGACGUCGGCGACACCGAGUGGGACGUGGACGGCCUGGCCGCCGAGGUCGGUAGGCACGACCUGAGCGUGACGGAUUUCAUGGAUGCGACCCGGCGCCCGCCCGAGCGGGGAGAGUGGACCCUCGGCACGAAGCGCUUGCUGGUGGUGGUGAUGGACUGGAAGGCGGGCGACCGUUCGAAGGCCCCCUUCUCCGCACAGACCAAGAGCCCUUCGCACUACCGCAGGGUGAUCUUCCCCAGGGUCCAGAAGGCGUUCCACGAGAUGAGCUGCGGCAGACUCGAGCUCGAGGUGACCGUCGUGCCAGAGGUGAUCCGCUACACGAGGCGACGAGCCCGCUACAGCGCGGUCGGCUACCCCUUCCCGGGCCUCUACCUGGGCGCCGGGCAGUCGCUCGAGGGAGACCGCCGGCACGGCUCGAAGUACCGGCUCCGAGCUUGCCCCCUGCCGCGGGGGGGGGAGCCGCGAGGGGCCUCGACACUUCGCGGGCGUGUGCAUUCUCACUGGCGAGGCCAGCGUUGAGCCAGCGACCGAAGACCUG